UACUACUACGAUAACAAAUCUCAAACAUGCGAAUUUCUUGGAUAUCUGGGGUGCAGUGGCAACAGAAACAACUAUCGUUCUUAUUCUCUUGCAUAGAUGAAUGCAGACGGGCCAAUCUAUCACCAAAAGCUAUGGAAUUCUUAUGGCGUGCUAACUGCAGCACAGGCUACGAUCCAGCAAAGGACAAUGGCACAAUACACCGGUACUACUACAACAGUAGUUCAAAUGAAUGCGCUGGUGCACUGGUUAGAGAGGGUGAUAAGUAUUUUCCAGGAAGGAAUUUCUGCGAGCAAAAGUGCAAUGCAACUAGGAACCCCCUUCCACAGUGCACAGAGGCAAAAUAUAAUGGCACAGCACCGCCCGGAUGGACGUGUUCUGCUAAUGAAACGCUUCGUUAUACCAUCUGUACGAAUACUACAAAUUCUUCAUCUUGAAAACUACGAUUAAGAAGGCCAAGA